AUGGUUCGGCUCGCACUGUCCCUGCUAUUGACCAUCAGCGCUGUGAGAAGCUUUGCAUAUAUCCAGUAUUCCACCGUGGCGGGCUACUUUCUACAAGAUGCCAACACGACCAACGUUACCACUUUUGAUUAUACAGCAACCAACUUUGGAUUGAUCAACCAAAGUUACCCGACGGAUCCAUCGAAUGCCGCGUCGUUGACUCAAUGGCAGAGAUUCGCACUGGCUGUGUCCUCUCUCAACUCCAAGGCGCCCAAGAACGUGGACUACAAGGUCUUGUUCGCGGGGCGGCACGGGGAAGGAUGGCACAACGCGGCAGAGUCGUACUUUGGCACCCCGGCAUGGAACUGCUACUGGUCGCUCCUAGACGGCAACAAGACCGCAGCGUGGUCGGACGCGCAUCUCACGCAACAGGGCAUUGACCAGGCGCUGAAGGCGAACCGUUUCUGGAAAUCCCGGCUGCAAACAGAGAAGAUCCCGCCUCCGCAGAGCUACUACACGUCGCCGCUGUACCGGUGCCUCGCGACCGCGAACCUGACCUUCGCAGGCCUUCCAUUGCCAUCCCAAUAUCCAUUCAUCCCGACCGUCAAGGAAAAGCUCCGCGAAGGCAUCUCGGAGCACACGUGCGACCGGCGCAGCAACGAAACGUACAUCGCGUCUUCCUUCCCCAGCUACCAAUUCGAGGCGGGCUUUCUCGAGGACGACGAGCUCUGGACGGGCGCCACGUCGGAGACGUCGUCCGCGCAGGAUCUCCGUUCCAAGCAGCUGCUGGACGACGUCUUCACCAACGACUGCUCCGUCUACAUCAGCUUCACCUCGCACUCGGGCGAGAUCGCGAGCCUGCUGCGCGUGCUCGGCCACCGUGCCUUCUCGCUGAGCACCGGCGCCGUCAUCCCCGUGCUCGUCAAGGCUGAGACGAUCGACCCGGCGGCCGCGACCAGUACUAUCUCUGCCGCUUCUUGA